AUGGCACAGUUAAAUCAAGUAAAUUUAGAUAUAGAAGAUGAUCCGCCCGUUGAGAACUCAAACCGUAAUAAUGCACUUCACAGAUUGGAUUCUGCUUCUAGACCCGCUGCUCCAAGAAGUAAUAUAGGAUUAGGUGAUCGGUUAAACAGUGUUUUUCGUGAAAUCAGGCCUUUGGUUGAACAUGCUCGCAUGGGAAAUAAUGCUAGACUUUCGCUGCCAACUUGGCUACCGAGAAAUACGCCAGGUACACAUCAGUUAGGGGAUGGAAUACAAAGGCCACAGAGUUCAAUAGCUCAUGUAAAUCUUGGUCCUGGCUCGCAGACUUAUGUAAUAACAGAAAGAAGCAUACCUCUUGGGCAGAGACCACAAGGAAGCACAAGUGCCCCAAACAACUCUAACAUUACAGAAGAAGGUCAGGAACAUCAAGAGAUUAAUGCAUCAGUUAAUCCUGCUAACAACAACAACAUACAUGACAAUACUGAUAAUGACAGUCAAAGUGAUGAAAUGGCUCAGCAGGUAUUAGAUGUCAGAGCUGCAUUAAACUUUUUAAUACGCUAUGCACCUUUCUACUUUAUACUGUUCAUUAAACUGAUUUAUGACAGCAGAGAGGGUAUCUUUACAUUCCUCAUACUUUUCUCCAUAUUUGCACACAGUAACACGGUAGUGAGGAGGGAGCACGCCAAGCAAAUGAAUCGGAGUAUAUUGAUAUUAUUCAGUGAGUUAGUUUUCACUGCCAGCAGCAUCGCGAUUGUCCAUUUCCUGUUUGGCCAUGGGAGGUUAUUGCCCAACGUAGUCAUGUUCCCAGGGUAUACGGAACCCAUAGAUGUGUGGGAGUUACUGUGGCUGGUAGUUUUGACAGAUUUGAUUGUUAAGAUUAUAACUGUCGAUAUAAAAUUACUGGUGACCAUGAUGCCGGCGUGUCUUCUGCCGUUUCAGAAGAGGGGUAAAGUAUACCUUUUCACGGAGUCAGUGUCUCAGCUCUAUCGCUCUCUGAUCACCAUCCAGCCUUGGAUUAUCUUCUUGAUGCAGUCGUAUGAGGGAUCGGAGAAGAUGGUGGGCAUGUUCCUCACCUCUGUCUACGUUAUAGCCAAGAUAGUAGAGAUUCUGGUGAGGCUGCGUCUGUUUAAAAACGCAACAUGGACGCUGCUUCAAAGUGUGAAUCUGGGCACGAAGCCAACCGGCGAGCAGCUGGUGUCGGCCGGGGACUCGUGCCCGAUCUGCCACGACGACUACACAACCCCCGUGCGAUUGGAUUGUAGUCACAUUUUCUGCGAGCUUUGCAUCUCGGCCUGGCUGGACCGGGAGCACACGUGUCCACUCUGCCGCGCCAAAGUCGCCGACGAGCCUACUUGGAGGGACGGCACCACCACAUACGAAUGUCAACUGUAUUAA